AGAUAACAUUACACUCGUAACAAAGUGCAAGUCAGAGGUUAGACCAUGUACUUCCGUGGAAUCUGGGCUAGUUUAUAAAAAUUAUAAUUGUGCCGUUUGCAAUGCAGAUAGUAAUUGUAUUGAAUGGAGGCUCGACGUGGACUGUACAUUUGAGGAAUUUAUGGAAGGAAACAGUUUUAAAUCAUAUGCUAAUAUAAAGGAAGCAUUGGAUAAAUUCGGGUGUCAGAUUCAAUAUAAACGCACUGAAAAUAGUAAUUUCGGUUAUACACGUUGCCAUUCCUAUGAUUAUCUCCAGACUGUUCAAAUAAGCCGUUGUAACGUAACCGGUCUUUGGCGUCAAUAUGAUGCUGAUAUAGAUUGGGCUUGUAGAAACUUUAUCACACCAUACAAGACUUUCAAAAAUAUCUACUGCUAUAUAUGCAAUCCAAGUCAUGCAAAUGAAGGGAACCAAACCUUAAUUGAAAACUGUAUAGUAAAGGAUAAUACUUAUGAGAUAAAAGAAAUUUCGUCCGCAUGUAAAACAUUUCCAAUCUCAGAAAGGCUUUAUCCGUUUAGAAAUAUCUACUGUUAUGCCUGCAGCUUUGGCCAUGAAUUACUCAUGGACUCUGCAACUGACGCGUCUGUUUUGGUCGACGUUUUUGAAAAGAACGACCGUGCUUCCCUCAGAACAGAGAUGCAUCUUUCACUUGUGUUUCCUCAUGAAGGUAAUGUUAUCGAGGUCAAAAGAUUCAUUCGUGAAGUUUUAAGCGGUGCAUUUCAAUAUGAAAUCAAAAAUUCGAAGAAAGAAAUAAUAGAUGAUUUCCUUUUCACAAAUAUUGAAGAUAUAUACAAUUUAUUUGUGACUGUUUGUGGAAAUGGCCCACUUUGCAGUUAUGAUAGGAAAGAUAAUGAAACUUACAGCAAUCCUGUAUGUAGAUAUUGUUCCUGUGAAAAUGAUUGUGUUGAGAAUGAAAUGUGUUGUCUAGAUAUGACUAUUUUAAAACAACCGUACACAUGUGUCAAUACCAAAGGAUUCCCUUUCAUCCGUAAAAAUGAAAAGGAAGAAAUUGACAAACAUUUCGAUAUAGCGACAGAAAGUAAACUGUAUAAGAUAAUAAAUAAAUGUAUAAAUGAAACUCAUGAAUUAUCAGAAAAGUGUUCUUCAAUCGGAAAUACAAGUAGCUUCUUUGAUGAUGUACCAAUUAGCACAGGUGGAGAAAUUUCGUACAGGAAUAUAUUUUGUUAUGAAUGCAAUAAUGAAAGGGUAAAACCAAUUAUUCUAGACGUUCAAGCAUAUUGCAAGACAUUUAUAGAGCAUUAUUUAUUCACGAACUUAACGGAUUUCUUAAACGCUAUGAUGAAACAUUGUCAGACAAUUUCGUUUCUACCUCUCAAUACUAAAACAUGUCUGGGUAAAUAUGAUGAUGUCAGCAAUAGCCAUAUUGGUGGGGAACAUUUUGAAAGGGUGGGGGUACAUUCAUCUAGACUUCCAGGAAAAAUUACUCGAGAAGUUAAUAUACCAGCUAAGACAUUAAAUGAUCAAGUGAAAGAAGUAUUUUCUUCAUGUAAUAUGUCAGGAUUUCAAACAGAUACAAAUGAUGUUCUUAAAAACGUAUGUGAGAGCAACUCGGUAACAAUUCUAUCACUUCCUCAAUAUCGUAUUGACCAAAGGGUUUAUAAAAAUUUCGCUUGCUUCCUUUGCAAUCCUGUGUUUGAUCUGGCAGAUAUUCCAACAGAAUUUUCGAUAUCUGAAUGUCCUGUUAACAGUUCUGUAGGAUGGUAUGAAGAAAAUGCUGUUCUCAAAGAAUUGUGCACAAAAGAACAACAGAACGAUAUAUGGUUCCCUUUUAAAAACUUGUAUUGCUCAGAAUGUAAUCUCCCGCCUUGGCAACUAGUUGAGGUCAAAGUUUCAAUUUAUGACGUGCUUAGCCCUCCGUUUUAUAAAUACCUUUUCUCGCUGUCUCCAGAAGAUUUCAAUAAGAUAGACAAAGCUGAGUCGGAUGAUGGUUUGGUGGAAUGUCUCAAUGGAACAUAUGAUUAUAAUUUGAAAGAGUGUCGAUCAUUGCAUUGCCAAAUUGGUUCUCGGCUAAACAACUCAACAUGUACACCAUUAUUUGAAACUGCUAUGAACCACCGAUAUUUAAUAAACCUGGAUCUAUACAUAGAACGUUUGGAUUUCACAAAGACAGACAAAGAAAAAGGCAUUAUCAUUGAUUAUUACAGUUUUGAAAGUUUAUGUUCAAAUAUAAGUCAAACUAUGACAAGCCCGUUUGACAAAAAGACCGCGUUUUACAUACAAGACCAACUAUGCACAGCAACAUCUCCUUGUAUCUUCAAUCCAAAGACAGCUGAUGUUCCAUGUGUAGAUGUAUCAGUGACUAACUUUAUUAGGUUGUUUCUAACUAUAUAUAUAGAAUAUACUGAAUCGAUAAGUUAUAUACGGAGAGUGUUAAUGAGUGCGAUUGGUCAGAAGUAUUACGUAGCAGACCUCUCUGAUAUCGAUGGGACUUUGUUUUCUGUUGAAUUUGUACCGGUGAAAUCUUUUGAUUUGCAAUUACUAGACCCAGGUACCUCUUGUCAGACUGGAUCUUCUUUCAAUAAGAAUAUAAAUGGUGUUUUUCCUAUGACUUAUGUAGUUGACAAGUUUUUGCAGUGUCCCUUUGUCAAAAUCAAUAUAAGUGAGACCAUCGUUUUUAAUGAAACUCUCAUUGUUACCAUAAAUGAUAAAAAUAUAUCGUUUUCACAAAAUGAAUAUAAAUUUCAAAAUGAACAUGUCAUAAUAUGUAUCGACGACUUUAAUGCAAAGACCGAAAAUUUCAAUUAUGAAAAUAUUUUGAAGUUGGAUGUUGCAUCACAUUCAAAUGGACUGAACAUUUUUACACAAAUUUGUACAAUCAUUUCUCUUGUCUGUUUGUUCAUCACGUUCAUCACAUACUGUUUGUUUUCAUCUUUAAGAACAAUACCGGGGAGUACUUUGAUGCUAUUGUGUUUUUAUUUAUUUAUAGCGCAAUCGUUCUUACAAUUUGGCUUAAAUGGAAAAAGCAUGUCAACCUUUUGUAUAACCACUGGAGUUGUCAUACACUAUUUUUGGAUUGCUUCGUUUUGUGCCAUGAACAUUUCUUCAUUUCAUAUGUUUAGGGUGUUCUACUUCAGCGAUCUGUCAAAUCAAAUGCCACAAAACAAAAGAAUACUGUUUAUAAAGUACUUGUUGUAUUGUAUUUUCUUUCCAAUGAUUUUUGUUCUUGUUGCAGUAUUACUCAACUUAUUUCAUUCAGAUUAUAGUUCCCUAGGAUACGGUGUCAACUACUGUUUUAUUUCUGAUUUCUAUAUAUUCGUCGGAACAUUUCUUACCCCAGCUUGUGUUAUUUGCUUGAGCAAUUUCAUAUUUUUCUCUUUGGCAUUUCACAAGAUAAGGUCCACACCAGAUGUCCAGAGUAAUCAAGAAAAAAACAAUUUCUUCAUUUUUCUUAAACUAAGCAUAAUCGUAGGUGUAACUUGGCCUUUGUUGAUCUUAGAUAACGUUAUCGGCGUCCUCUGGUUCUCAUUUGUUGCGUCUGGUAUCAAUUCUCUCCAAGGUGUGUUUGUAUUCAUUUCAUUCAUUUUGAAUAAAAGAGUAUUCUCUCUUUACAAAUCUAUGAUAAUGAAAACAGCAGACAAAAAGUCGGUUUCAAAAAGUGAAUUAAGCACAACCUACAGUAUAAUAAACAGAUCCAGAGUUUAGGAUUCUGAAAAUGGUUUGGUAUCUGAUAAAUCUUAUUUUGAAUAUGAAUUUAUGUUGUAAUGCAUCGUCCAUAUACCUUGACAAUUUUGCUUUGAAGACGUUAUCAUAAAUGUAUGUCUAUAUAUAUAAUAUGUAAGGAAACGCAAUCAUUUAAAACGAUAACUAGCAUUUUCACAAACCUAAUUUAGAAUUUUACAGGUAGUGUUCAUGUUUGGACGGAUACGAAAGUCUUGACUGUGUCUUUUAUUCACAUCAAAAAUUAAUUAGUAUUAUCAUGAUCAAUAUUUUAAUAUAUUUAAAUUAUUCUCUGUAAUUGUCAGCUUUAUUUCUUGAUAAUUUUGAUAAAUUUCUUUUAAAUAGUAUACCAAUAUGGAUUUUUAUACGGCGAAUAUGAUGGCAUUUCAAAGAAUUAUAUUGAAAGAAGCCAUAUUGUUUUAAAUAAAAAAGCUUUUUCAUGGCUAAUCAAAUUUUCUUCAGCUUGUUCUUUUUUAUAUAAAUGUUAACAUUUUAUGACAGAAUUGGAAUUCUAAACUCGUUACAUUCCUAAUUAAACUUAUAUUCUCGCAUCCUUGAUUUUGUAGAAAAAAAACUAUAUUUAAGAAAAAGGUAAAUUUACUUUUUCUAAAUUUAUUUAAGGGAAAUAAACAGUGAAUAUACUCCGAUAUGGACCUGUUUUUUGUUUUUGUUCUUGUUCUUCAAAAAGUUGCUUCUUAACCAAUGACAGAGAGGCAUAUCAAAGCUAUUUAUAGAUUGUAAAUGUAUAAUAAAACUAUUUGUGUCGUGACUAUAUUGUACUUUUAUUUUAUAUUAUACUAAAAGUAAAAAAGCAAUUUGCACCCCAACAUUUUCUUAACGUACAUUAUUAAAUAUUUACGUCUCAUCUAUUUUUACUAGAAUAUAAGAAUAUGAAAAAUGUAAAAAGCAAUUUUUGUGGGUGUUCUUUAGCCACAAUUAUUAUUAUUCUUUGUAUAGAA